AUGCCUCCCCCGGAUGGGGAGGGCGUGGAAGGGACGUUAAAUAAUGCCCUAAAUGAGUCUGGUGGUAGUGACAAUACAAUGGAAAUAUCCGAAAAUUACGGAAAUAAUGUUUCACCAACAAAACAACCAGAUAACGAUCAACCCAAAAAAAUGUUUAAUAUAUUUUCGGAUAAGUACAAUAUUAAAUUUAUUUACGUUAUGAUAGAAAGCACUGAGUCAGAAAACUUUGGUAGAAUACAUCCUUUAAAAGUAGGACAUAUUUUACAUAAAAAAUUAUUCUUAAAAAAUUUUAUUGAAAUCAAAAGUAUGGGUAAAAACAGGGUUAGAGUACAGCUUCACUCAUUAAAGGAUGCUAAUGACUUAUUAAAUAAUAGUGCCUUAAAAGCAGAAAAAUUGCGAGCCUUUAUUCCCAAUCAUAUACUCGAAUCCAAAGGUAUUAAAAGGGGUGUCGAUACAUUUUUUAGUGAAGAAUAUAUUUCAACUAAUAUUAAAUCAUCUUCUCGCUUAAUUAGUGUCAAACGUAUGGAAAAAAAUGUAACCGAUAAAGAUGGGCAGUCAAUAAAAGUCAAAAAACAAAUGGUUCUUUUAACCUUUGAAGGUAAUUUACUACCAAAUGAUGUAAAAAAUAGCGUGUCAUUUCCAGUUGAAAGAUUUUAUGGUAGGGCUGCUCAGUGCUUCAAGUGUCUUAAAUUUGGUCAUAUAUCAAAACAAUGUCGAGCUAAAGACUCAUUGUGUAUAUCCUGUGGUCAAAUGGUAAUCGAAAAUACAGUUCAUAACUGUGAUACAGCAGAUGUUUUCUGCAUACACUGCCAAGUACGAAACUCUCACAAAUCUGUCUCUCCAAAAUGCCCCUAUUUUAAAAAACAACAAAAGAUCAGAACAAUCAUGGUGGAUAACAACAUUACUUUUACCGAAGCUGAGAAGCUUUGUGAAAACUCUUUUGCAACUGUUACUACUAGUAACAGAUUUAAUAAUUUGGAAAAUCUAAGUGACUAUCACACUAAUUUUCCCCCUUUAAGCAAUAAAUUUACAAAAAGCAGUUUAAGUCAACCUAAUCCCUCACAGAGGCGUUCACUACCAGCAAAUAUCCUGUCACAUUCACAACCAUCUACAUCUUCCUGUACAAAUAUAAACAAAAAACGAAAAAUUAUUAUUUUAAAUUCUCCAGAACCUAUGUUUCCCUUUACUUUUGGUCCCUCUACCCCCUUAGCAGCGAAUACACUUAGUAAUCAAGAUAUUUUAGAAAAGGAAAAAAAUAAUCUUAUAAAUAGUAUAUCAGGUUAUGUAAUAAGUUUACUUGGAAAAAUUAAAACAAUAGAAGAUAUUAAAAAUAUUAAAUUAGAUAGCCUUAAAAAAGAAAUGGUUGAACUUAUUAUGAUGAUGGCCACUGUCGUACAUCAUUCGUAUCAUCUGUACGAAUAUUGUACGACAGUGGCUCUAAUAAUGAAUGAUAAAUGGUGUCCAAGAAAAAAACAAGUCCACUUUGUUCAAAGAUUCGAGAGGGGAUAA